AUUUUCAACUGCGAACAACGACUCUGUUUCAUGUCUUAAAACAGAGGUUCUCUCAGCGCCCAUUCUUCCAAGCCAGAUCUCUUGACUUUUCUCUAACAAAGAUAAAAUUUCUGCAAAAACCCAGCUUGAGCUGAACUGAAUUGAACUGAGGGGAUAAAAGGUUCGGCAGAGAUGUCGGGCGGCGCGCCGGGAGACCUUGUGGCUCGGGCAUUUGAGUCGAUGCUCAAAGAAUGUUCUAACAAGAAAUACAAUGUUCUUCAAUCCUCCAUCCAGACGUAUUUGGACAGUGGAAAGGAUUCCAAUCAGCAGUCAAAUAUUGGCGAGACUAAGCAAGACUCAACGGCAGCUCCAAAGCAAAGGUGUUCUAGCGACAGUGAGAUUUAGUGGUUCAUUUGAACCUGACUCCGGAGGUGAAAAAAAUGAGGGAGCUGAAUCAGCUGCUAAGGAUGUCGAACCUACUAGCAGCAGUGGAUCAACCACAGCAGUGUCAGAUGCUGAUCUUGUUCUGGAACCUCUUAAGCUUGCAUUUGAAACGAAGAAUACUAAAUUGGUGGAACUUGCAUUGGAUUGCUUUCAUAAACUCGUUGUUUACAAUCAUCUAGAAGGUGAUCCUGGUAUUGAUGGCGAUAACAAUUCAAAAUUGUUGACAGACAUACUCAACAUGGUUUGCAGCUGUGUGGAUAAUUCGACACCUGACAGUGUUACUCUUCAAGUAAUGAAAGUUCUUCUUACUGCCAUAGCAUCGACGAAGGUUCGAGUUCAUGGUGGGCCAUUGCUCGAAGUCAUCAAAGUUUGCUUUAAUAUUGCUAUUACUAGCAAGAGUCCUAUAAACCAAGCAACAGCAAGGGCAUCACUGACGCAAAUGCUCAGCAUCAUUUUUAGACAAAUGGAAAACGAUGUGGUAUCUCCGGAAUCUUCUAAAAGCAAAGAUGGUCAAAUGGAGGACUUAGAAAAGUCGCUCAGUGAUCAUAAUGACCCUAAAAAGACUACAGACGACAUUAUAACUGUGAAAUAUUUAGAUAGUACACUCAUUGCGUCUGGUGAAGGAAUUCAGAGUCUUGUAGGUGGCGCUGAUAUAAAGGGUCUCGAGGAUGUCCUUCUGAAGGCUGUGGAUCUUGAAGAUGAUAGUAAACUCGAAAGUGGAACGGGUCAAAAGAGCAUGAGUAUUGCACAACGUGAUGCUUUACUUCUUUUCCGUACUCUCUGUAAGAUGGCUAUGAAGGAGGGCAAUGAUGAAGUUACUUCCAAAAAUCGUAUUCUAUCUCUUGAGCUUUUACAGGGUGUAUUGGCUGAUUGCGGUGUCUCAUUCACAAAGAAUUGUCAGUUUGUUGACUCAUUAAGAGGUCACCUUUCAUUUGCAUUAUUGCGGGCGGCGGUUUCCCAGUCUCCUGUGUUAUUUCAGCAUGCAGCGGGGAUUUUCUCAGUUGUUUUGUUGCGAUUUAGGGAAAGUCUCAAGGCUGAAAUCGGAGUUUUCUUUCCCAUAAUUGUUCUGAAAGCUUUGGAUGGAUCAGAUCUUAAUCAAAAGCUAGUCGUACUCCGGACAUUGGAGAAAAUCUGCAAGGAUCCUCAGACGCUUGUUGACCUGUAUAUAAAUUACGACUGUGACAAUGAACCACCAAACCUGUUUGAAAAGAUGGUUGCCAAUUUAUCCAAAAUUGCUCAAGGUACUCAAAAUGUGGAUCCAAAAUCUUCUGCCGCAUCCCAGACAGUAUCAAUUAAGAUAUCGUCUCUUCAGGGUCUCGUGAAUAUUGUCAAAUCACUAGUAAUUAGGGAGAAGGGGCACAGAAAAUCAGAUAAUCAGAACGAGGAUAAUAAAUCUUCUGAAGCUUUAGCUAGAAGAUUGGAUGGAUCAAAAGGUACGGGAGAAUCACUGAGCAAUUUUGAGGGGUUAAAGGUUUAUAAGUCCACGAUGGAAGCCUCUGUCUCUGAGUUUAAUGAGCAACCAGCGAAGGGCAUAGAGCACUUAAUAUCCAGUCAGGUAGUGGAGCAGAAUCCAGCUUCAGUUGCCCAGUUUCUUCGACAUACUCCCGAUUUAGACAAGGCUAUGAUUGGGGACUACUUAGGUCAGCAUGAGAAAUUCCCCAAAGCUGUUUUGCGUGCUUACGUUGAAUCCAUCAACUUUUCUGGAAUGGAGCUUGACAUGGCAAUACAUGAGUUCCUCAAAGGGUUUGAACUUCCGGGUGAAGCUCAGAUGAUUGAUCGCAUAAUGGAGACAUUUUCAGAACGCUACUGUACCGACAACCCCGGUCUAUUUAAGACUGCAGACACUGCAUAUGUGCUUGCUUAUGCUAUUAUUUUGCUUCAAGCCGAUGCUCACUAUUUAACGGGGUGGCCGAAACUGUCCAGAAGCGAUUUCAUACAAAUGAGUGCAAGUACUGCUGAAGAAUCUGCUCCUCAAGAACUCUUGGAGGAGAUAUAUGAUAACAUUGUAAAAGCAGAAUUAGUAAAUAAAGAUGAUUCAGUGGACUGUUUGAAAAACAGCAAGUAUAAAUUAGAACUGAACGGGAGACGCGGCCUACUCAAUGUUCUCAAUCUGUCCUUUCCUAGAAGGAUAUCUUCGAGCGAUUCUAUUCCCGACAAGGAGGCUGUUCUUAAUCAGAUACAUGCUGUGAUUAAGGAGCAAGGCGACAAAAAAGGUGUCUUUUACACUUCAGACAGGAUCGACAUUUUACGUCCAAUGGUUGAAGUUGUAGGAUGGCCAUUACUUGCUACUUUUUCCGUUGUCAUGGGUGAACCAGACAACUCAACAUGGAUUAGUAUUUGUAUGGAAGGAUUCAAAGAAGGUGUAGUUAUAAUGUUCGCGCUCGGAAUGGACACCAUCCGCUAUGCAUUUUUGACUUCAUUACUGAGGUAUAAUUUCUUACACGCGCCUAGAGAUAUGCGUGAGAAAAAUGUAGAAGCUCUACGUACCCUUCUUGAUUUGUGCGAUACCCAUAUGUAUGCCCUUCAAGACUCUUGGUUAGCUAUUCUGGAAUGUAUUUCGCGUCUUGAAUAUAUUGUUUCUUGGCCUGCUAUGACUGCAACCAUCGUGCAAGGAACAAAUCAAAACUCUAGAGAUGCUAUUCUUCAAUCUCUGAGAGAGCUCUCAGGAAAAGCAACUGAACAAGUCUUCUCGAAUAGUGUCAAAUUGCCCAGUGAAUCAGUGGUUGAGUUUUUUUCCGCUUUGUGUUAUGUAUCAGCCGAGGAAUUAAAACAGUCACCAGCUCGUACUUUUAGCUUGCAGAAGAUUGUUGGAAUUAGCUAUUCCAAUAUGACUCGCAUACACAUGGUUUGGGCUAGAAUAUGGACCGUCUUAGCACAACAUUUCGUCUUUGCUGGGAGUCACGCUGAUGAAAAGGUUGCAAUAUACGCAAUAGAUUCUCUACAACGGCUCGGAAUGAAAUAUUUGGAGCAUCCCGAGCUUGGACACUUCACUUUCCAGAAAGGAAUUCUCAAACCAUUCGUCGUUCUCAUGCAAAGCAGCAAAAGUGAAUCCAUAAGAAGGCUUAUAUUAAGUGGCAUCGUUCAAAUCAUAAGAUCAAGAGCUGGAAUUAUAAAAUCUGGAUGGCAUAGCAUUUUCAUGAUUUUCACAAUGGCUGCCGACGAUAGCCUAGAACCCAUAGUCGAAAGUGCAUUUGAGAAUAUUGAACAAGUUAUAUUGGAGCACUUCAAUCAAGUUUUUGUCGACUGCUUCAUGGAUUGUGUGAACUGCCUGAUUGGAUUCGCCACCAAUAAGAGCUCAGUUGACAUUAGCUUGAAGUCCAUUGCUCUCCUCCGCAUAUCUGAGAAUCGUCUUUCAGAGGGUCUUGUACCUGUUGGUUCUCUGAAAUCUGUAGAUAGCGCAGCUGACGAAACUUGCAAAUUAGCCGAGCAUUAUUGGUUCCCCAUGCUGUCCGGUCUUUCUAGACUUAUAUCUGAUCCGAGAUCGGAGGUCAGUAAUUGUGCACUCGAGGUUCUAUUCGAUUUGCUGGACGAGAGAGGAAGCAAAUUCUCAACGGCAUUUUGGGAGAGUAUUUUCCAAGGAAUCCUUUUCCCCAUUUUUGACCAUGUGAGACAUGCUGGAAAAGAGAAUCUUAUGUCUUCCGAGGAAGAGUGGCUUCGUGAAAGCACUAUCCACGCUCUCCAGUUGCUGUGCGAUCUUUUCAACAGUUUUUACAAGGAUGUGUGUUUUAUGCUGCCCCAACUGCUCAGUUUACUGUUAGAUUGUGCAAAAAAGACCGAUCAAUCCGUUGUUUCAAUAGCUUUGGGGGCAUUGGUUCAUCUGAUCGAAGUUGGAGGUCACCAGUUCACCUCCGAUGACUGGGUUACUUUGUUGAAAAGUUUGAAAGAUGCUGUGUAUACAACACAACCACGUGAGCUUCUCAACGAUGCGAGUUUCGAGAAUGGGAAGCAUCGCAAAGUAUUAUUAUCAGGAGACUUGGACAGUGGUGUUCGGGUAUCCGGAGACUUAUUGCAUAACAAUCAUGAUACAAUCCAUACAAAUGGGAGUUCCGUGGGUUCGACAUCCUUCAAAGCUAAUGGUGAUGAAAACGCAUUGGAACAAGAUCAAGAAACGACGCGCGCAGUGGAUAUGGAGGUAUCUCAAGCCCCGCCAUCGCAAUCUGCUGGAGCAACGGAAUCUGAAGUUGGAAGCCUUCAGCGUAGUCAAACAUUUGGACAAAAAAUAAUGGGGAAUAUGCGGGACAACCUGUUAACGAGAAGUUUUACGUCGAAACCAAAGAACUUUACAUCUGAUGCAGCAGUGGCGUCUUCCCCAUCCAAGUUUCCUGAUGCAAAUAAGGACGUUAAUGCCAAAGAUGCGGAGGAAAGUCUGAUGUUGGAAACCGUUAGGAGUAAAUGUGUGACACAACUGUUGCUUCUAGGUUCGAUUGAUGGUAUUCAGAAGAAUUACUGGAACAAGUUGGGUGCAGAUGCGAAAGUCACGAUGAUGGAGAUCUUGUUCUCGAUCCUAGAGUUUGCCGCCACCUACAACUCGUAUACCAACCUCAGAUUGCGAAUGCAGCAGAGUUCUACAGAAAGGCCUCCGUUGAAUCUGCUCCGCCAGGAGCUGACCGCAACUACCAUCUAUCUCGACAUCCUGCUAAAGACAACGGCUGCAGUUGAAGUUCAAGACGCCAAAGCAGCCAAAGAAGAGAAGCCUGAAGGUAUAGCUGAAGAAAAGCUGGUCUCUUUCUUCGAACAGGUGCUGAGAGAAGCAUCUGAUUUUCAAUCUAGCAUGGAAGAGACGGCGAAUAUGGAACUCCAUCGAGUUCUAGAACUGCGUGCGCCUAUAAUUGUGAAGGUAUUGAAAGGUAUGUGCGAGAUGAAUCCCCAGAUUUUCAAGGAUCACCUCAGAGAUUUAUACCCUUACAUUACAAAACUCGUCUGCUCCGAACAGAUGGACGUUCGCAGUGCGCUUGCGGAUCUAUUUAGCUCACAGCUCAGCACGAUGUUGCCCAUCGGAGACGAAGAGUGAUUGUAAAUUCAAAUACGAUCACGACUUAUGUUUGUUUCUUCCCGCGCCCAACUUUGAAAAUUAUUCUAUUUUUUUGUAGAAUUUUUACUAAUAUAAUCUCACUGUAAAAAAAAGUAUUCUAUUUUUUGUAGAAUUUUUAUACCUGCUUAAGGCCACAUCUAUAGUACUUUACUAGCUAGAUUGAUUAUAAGUAGUAAUGGGGGCUUGGAAAAAUUGGAUUUUUGAAGAAUAGGAUAUGUGAUUAUUUAUUUCGACACAUUUAUAAAUUGCAUUUUUGAGACA